UUAAAAUGGAGUUAUUUUCAGAAGUCUCUGCCUAUUUAUAAAAGCAACAGACGUAGUUCAUUUGUUAGAGUUCAUUUGUAACAUUCUAACAUUUAAGGGGUUUUAAUCACAAAUUGCAGCCAAUGGCUACUUUCCUUACUGAGCAGUUGGCAACACUAUUCUCCAACCCGUCCCUUCCAGCCAGCCUUUCUCCUUCCUUUACUCCGUCAAUUCUCUCCCCGCCUCCUCUCUCGCCGUUUCUCACCGGGCUGCAGCACCCGCUCAGCUCCUUGCUGGAGCUUCAUAACCUUCAUUCUCCAUCUACAGCGCCGCCCCCUCUCAGCUCGCGCUGCGGUUCAUCUCCAACACUGGAACCCUGCUACAUUCCAAGACGCCCCGGACCUGGAACUUCAUUGACGUGUGUUUGCAGGACGAAGCUCCCCAUCCCGCGAUGGGCCUGGCUGUCUAAGGCUGACGUGGUUUCGGCUUUCAAAAUCCUCCCUCUCCAUCCUGACUCCUGGCGCCUUUUCAGAGUCCGUUUUUCAGUUCACCUUGCUUUCGGGUGCAAAGUAACCCCAAGCUUCGACUCCUUUGCUAAGGCGCUCUGCUGGAUUUGCUUAACACGGCCCCAGUUCGUGCUCCACCUCCUGGGUAACUUCGUCAUCGGUCCUCCUUCCUCGCCCCUCUCGAUGGGUCUUGAAGCCAUGACCAGCGCUUUCACUCGCCUCCGUGCCCCGCCGUCGGAGAACUCCGUUGGUCCCUCCACAUCUCUCGAGUUUCUUGGGAUCUUUCUGGACUCCGCCUCCUUUCAAGUCUCCCCGCCCGUACCUAGCACCGUCUUUCCCCCCUCGGCCACUUUAUUCACAACCCAAAAUCGAACCCAGGGUCGUUCUUUCAUUUCCCGCCUCCUCCGCUUGGCUUUUUCGUCCGAGCCCUCCACCAUUCGUUAUGCUCAACUGAUACUGCACGUCAGAGCUCCAUUUCUGGCUGUGCCUCCUCUGCAAUCGAACGGGUUUUUCUUCUAUGCCAACGCAGCUUCCAGCUCUUUUGAUAUUAAGCUAUUCACAGAUGCCGCUCCUUCCUCUGGUCGCUUCUGCUUGGCCGGAGAACUUCAUCUGCUCCGCCGCGCGAUUCUUCUGCGCUCUCUGGACUUAUAUGCGGUCCUCGUCGCUGCCCUCCUUUGGGGACAUGAAUGGUCAAAAUCUAUUCUACUCCACUCUGAUCAAUCUCGCCGCAGUCCACAUCAAAAAAAAAAAAAAUAAUUGCUCCAAAUCGCUAGAAAUCUUGCCUUUUAUCCGUCGUCUCACUUGGCACUCCAUUAAGCAUCAGUUCACCACUAAAGCUGUUCACACCUCAGGUCCAUUUAAUUCUAUCGCUUCUAUUCUAUUCUUUUUCGUUUUCGGUUACAGAAAUUCAGAUCCUUGGCUCCGCAUGCAAAUGCAACCCAACCUCGGUACCUUCAUUUUCACAAACUACACUUCACCUAACCCCCGUGUAAACGAACUGAUCUUCCAAGCUCAACAAACCAUCCUUUCAGCCGUCCUUCUACUUAGAUUCCUCAGAUGCUCAGAAUUUACUUCCCUUAAAAUCUCCCACAACUCCUUCUCAGCCCCUAAUUUCAGAUCUCAUCAUCCUUGACUCAGAUACCCUUACCUUCAAGAAUGAAGCAAACGGACCAAAUUGGCAAAAACCACGAUCCUCUAUCUAUUCAAACUUGACUCAGCCCGUACGAACCACUCGUCCACCACUUAAUCUCUGCCUCUUUCAACAAGCAUCACCUUUAGAUCCUCUGUUCACAACGGAAUCUAGUAGUAUAAUCUCAAAGCACUGGUUCCAACACAUCUCCGUCGCAUCCUUUCUCCCAGUAGUUACUCACCAGAUCAAUUCUCCGCCCACUCAGUUUACAUCGUGCAGCAUCCAACGCGUCCAGACAAGGAAUCUCCGAGCACACGAUCAAGCUCCACGGCCGGUGGUCUUCCCAAGCUUAUAACCUAUACAUCCGUUCUCAACCAGACGGUUUGAGACAGGCUCAUUCCAAACUAGCUUCCACACAAGCUCCAAUUUUGGGGAUAUAACUGCACGCUUCGUCAAGCACGCAGUUCAGAACUCCAGCCCAAAUUUCCCUGAGUUCCCUCCCCUUUUUCCUUCUUCUUUCUCUACUUCUUUAGGCGUGGUCCGCACUUAGCAAACAGAGAAUAACGCUUUGUAAUGUGGACGAAAACAGGCAAUACACGGUGUGUGUGUGUGUGUGUGUGAGCAGUCCUUAUACAACAGGUAAUCAGUAUUCAGGACUUCCUGGCCGGGGCAGGUGAGGUGUCACGUAAUCAGCAGAGGGUGUGGUGCAUUCUGGGUGUUGUAGUUGUCUGAGAAACUCAGUGGAGCUAAGUGUGGAAGGACAGGGAGUGCCUACAACACCAGACGUGACACUAUCAGUGCCCUGAUUCCACCACGCACGGAACUUCCCUUAGGGAAAGAAUGUCAAGUUUGGGCUUAUACAAGAAGCACUCGCUUGAUCAUUCUCUCCUUGCCAAAUUCAGCACUGCAGCAGCACUGACCUGUGCUUCACGGACAGGGUUCUGCACGAGGACUGCAAGAACUACAUCUCGUUCCUGAAGAACAUCUAGAAGGCGGCGUCAAAACAAGUCAGCAAGGAGACGACCAGGAAUAGAUUCGAUACACUCCAGGAGGGUGUUCUCUCUCCGAAGGAGGCCAUGACUGUGUUGGAUGCUGCAAAGAAAGACUUCCUGGCUGUCAUUGGGAAGCUGCAUGAGGGAGGCCAUCAGUUGACCCUGACAGAGAUGCAGCUGAUCCUCUAUUACCUAGAGGCCAUUGUGAUUCUGGAACAGGGCCAGCGGCCUGGAGUUGUUGAGCACAUGACUGUCACAGAAUGGAUCAGCCGAAGGAGAGAUGACACUCGUCCUGCUUUCGUUGCGGUAGCAGUAAAGGAGCACAAGACUGCUGCCACUCAGGUGGCCACCUUUGUUCUGAGCCAGGAACAGGAGAUGUGGUUCGAUCUCUACUUCACUGAGGUGCGCCCAGUCAUGCUGGGAAGGAAGAGGAAGCGCGUUGAUGAUGACGAUGAGUCAGAUGAGAGGUUCUUCAUCUCCUCCACUGGCAGAACCAUCCACAACGCCUCCAAUGACCUGGAGCGGCUGCACAAGAAGUAUCAGGUGCAGAAGGUGACCAGCCAGAUGGCCAGACGGGCGUAUGAGACAGCCAGGACAUGCCCGAUGCCGAAAAGUCCAAGGUGGCGGGCUACCUCACCCACUCGACGGCCACGGCAGAGAAGCACUACCGGAUGAGAGAGAUAAGCUCAGCGGUAGAUGCGUGCCUGAUCCUGAGGAGACUGCGGGGUGAUUCAGAUAGUGACCAGAGCGACCACACACCCACGGGUUCCGCGGCAUACUUGACCGACCAAGCUGCAUAUGACAAUUUGCUCCGGUCAUAUCCAGUGACGUUGGACGGGGUGCCACCCAAGCGGCCUAAGCGGGUAUCCCUGGCUGGGCAGGACGAACGCUACUGCUAUGAUCGCUGGCGUAGUGAACAGCUCGAGCUUCGGGUGCAGCAUGUUCUAGAGCACUUUGCCCGUAGACUGCCCUCUGAAUCCAGAGUCAAGGCCUGGAUUGAGAAGCAAGGGUGGUCUUCAAACAUUUCAGAUGCUGCAUCCAUCGUCCAGCAGUGGAAGCCAUCUGGGGGCAUUGACGAUGCGAUGAACAGUGCUGUGUUGCAGAAGUUUUGCAGGACGCAGAGGUGGAAGGGACUCUCAGUGGCAGAGAUAGAGGGGGAGGGUAGGGGAGUGGUAGUUACAAGGCCUUUUGCCUGGGGGGAAGUUGUGUGUGACUACCACGGUAAAGUGGUGUCUAGACAGGAGGGCUAAGUGACCCAUGCAGCAACAGCAGAGCAAGAGAGAGGGUACAUGUUCUUUUACAAUUCUGGACAGGUAGCCCGUUGUAUUGAUGCUCACGAGGAAGAGUGUCCGUGCCAUCCAGGAAUGUGGACAUUUGGCCGUCUAAUUAACCACUCCUCCAAGAAGGCAAAUUUGCGACCACGGUUGUAUAGUGUAGAUGGCAAAGACGUAAUCCUCUUUAUUGCCAUACGCAAUAUUAAAGUUCAAGAGGAGCUCCUGUUUGAUUACGGCGUCAACAGGAAGUCUUUUGCUGGGGAGGGGUUAGAUUUAGUAUGGCUGUAGUCCCUGCAGCAAAAAUCUGAACUGUAAAUUUAAAUAAAUAUGUAGAUAGAACUGUAAAUAUUAGGGUUAGUUAGAAUAAUGCUAUUGUCUUCCAAAUGAAGGCCCUCUGACUCUAAGAUCCCCAGCAGGCUUAAGUUCUUCACUGUGGACACUGCAAACAAAACAAAUAUAUUCAAAGCUCUGUAUCUUCAUAGAACAAUAUCAAAUUGCAGAACGUCAAUAGACCGUUUUGUAGAGCAUGUCAAGACCUAUCCAAGGACGUAAGGGUUUUGUCUGUAUCAUGUACACAGCCAGAAUUAUGGACCGGUAAACAUGGCUUUUCUAUAGCCGAAAAUAGUGCACCUCAGGCGGCCGCAUGACUGCUGUGACCCGCUGGACUGCUAAUACCUAGGGCCGAUUUUGAACACCCAUAACUCAAAGAAAACUAAAUCUAUCAACAUGGGAUUUUACCAGAGUACAGUCGAGGGCAUUCCCUGUCCAAUGAGGCUAAGCGUCCGGGUAUCACUUAUGUGGAGGGAGAGUAAUUUUUGUUUAAAAUGACCAAAAAAGUUAGAGAGGGUGGCAGACUUCCAGAAUAAAGGUAUCACUGUGACCGAUUUUGAACAGCAGUAACUCAAUGAAAACUGAACAUAUCCACAUGAAAUUCAAGAUACUUUUAGCGUGAGAAAUGCCCUUUCUAAAGAGCCCAUAAACAUCCAUGUGUAUAGCAGUCCCGCGGAGAACUGCACCCUCAAAUAUGGCGAGAUUCAAAACGUUCUAUCAUCGCGGGCAAAGGUCUAAUCGCAAAAUACAGAGCAGGUACUAGAGCAUGUCAAGGGCUAUCGAACGACAUGAGGGUUUUGUCUGUAUCUUGUACAGAGCCCGAGAUAUGGACCGGUAAACAUGGCUUUUCUGUAGCCGAAAAUAGUGCACUUCAGGUGGCCACAGUAUGCGACUUUUGCGCCACAUAUAAACAGAGCUAACGUGCCAAAAUGUUAACCAAUGUGUCUGAAACUUGGACUGAUUAUAGAAGCAUUCAAGUGCUUUCCAACAUCAUCCUGACUGCCUGUAACAGUUUGGUAGAAUCAGAGAUACAGAGCUGUAUAUAUAUUACCUGUCAUGUUACAUUUGAACAGCUGUAACUCUGUGAAAUCUUAAUAAAUUGUAUUAAUACCAA